AUGUUCACUAACAAGAAACACCUCAUCCCUGCUAUUCUGGGGGCACUGGUCAUGCUCUCAAUCAUUGCCCUUGUUCUCAGCCUGGUGAAGAUUAAAGACGUUACUCUGCCACCCACAGUCAAGUACGGGAUAGUGUUCGACGCAGGCUCAUCCCACACUUCUCUGUUCAUCUACGAGUGGGACUCAGACAAAGAGAACAACACUGGUGUGGUCAGCCAGACUUUGUCCUGUGAUGUCCAGGGGCAAGGCAUAUCAAGCUAUGCCAGCAAUCCCCCGAAAGCUGGUGAGUCCCUAAGAGAGUGCCUGGACAAAGCUCUGAAGGUCAUUCCCCCUGCGAAACAGAGGGAGGUGCCAGUUUAUCUUGGAGCAACAGCAGGCAUGAGGCUACUGAGGGAGCAGAACAGCUCAGCUGCAGACCAAGUCCUGGCUGAAAUUACUAAGACCGUGAAAGAGUACCCUGUGGAUUUCCGUGGGGCUCGAAUUAUCACAGGGGAAGAGGAGGGAGCUUAUGGCUGGAUCACCAUUAACUACCUACUAGAUUCCUUCACUAAGUACUCCCCCAAAGAGCACGUGUGGGUCCAUCCAGAAGAGGCCAACAUUUUGGGGGCACUGGAUCUUGGAGGAGCAUCAACUCAAAUCAGCUUUAUCCCCAAAGGUUCAGUUAUAAAGUGGAAUGAAACCUCCAAGUUCACACUUUAUGGAUAUAGCUACAACAUCUACACACAGAGCUACCUCUGCUAUGGACAGAACGAGAUGCUGAAGCGGCUGGCAAAAGAAUUGAUUGAGGAGUCAUCCUCCAGCACACAAGUCGAACAUCCUUGCUACCCAAAAAACUACAGUGAAACCAUCUCGCUGUCUUCCUUCCGCACCAGCCCCUGCACAAGCCAGAAUGACUUACACCUAACUCUUGCUGACAGGAAUGUGACCCUGGAAGGCAGAGGAAAUGCCAGUGAGUGCCUGACUGCCAUCAAGAAGCUGUUUAACUUCUCUGCGUGCAGCCAGAGCCCAGACUGCACCUUCAACGGUGUCUACCAGCCCCCUGUCAGCGGGCAGUUCUAUGCCUUUUCAGCCUUUUACUAUAACUUCAGAUUCCUCAACUUGACCAACGGGCAGCCUCUGGCCACUGUCAGGAAGACCAUCCAGAAUUUCUGCACAAGAAGCUGGGAAGACCUGUCUUCUAGCUACCCUAAAGAAAAUCCUGAGCGACUGCGUAGCUAUUGCGCCAGCGCCAACUACAUCCUUACACUCCUCCUUGAUGCCUACAAGUUCAAUGAGACCAGCUGGAACAGUAUCAUCUUCCAGAUGAAGGCAGGGAGCACGGACAUUGGCUGGACCCUGGGCUACAUGCUGAACCUCACCAACAUGAUCCCAGUGGAGGCUCAGGAGUGGGUGAAGGGACAUGAUUCUUCCCUCUGGGCUGCAGUCGUCGCCUUCAUUGUGCUCACUCUUGCCUUGGGUCUCGUUGCCCUGCUCAUGAGCUUGUGGCUGUAG